AGCAAAGCGCACAGAGCCAAACAUCCAUUGGGUCAAAUCUCAGCGAAUUUACGCACUGACUGGAUUCUGUCUGCAGACGGAGCUCAUGGACGGAGCGUGAUACAAACCUGAGAGCGAAGAGUUACUUGGAUAGUUUUCUUUUUAUCACCAACAAAUAACCUCAAGACACAGACACGCGCAAAAGAAAAAAAAAAGUAUGUUUGUCUCACUGAGAAAUCAGUGAGAGCCGCAUCCUCCAGCUUCACAUCCACCCGUCCACCCACCAUCCACCGCAAAUGACUUACAGGAUGAAUUCCGCGUUCGUAGCAGUGUUCCUCGGAGUGGUCGGAGCUCUGGCCAAUAAACAGGAUUGUUUGUCGGGCCAGUAUACAACCAGCGGGGAGUGCUGCAUUCAGUGUCAGCCCGGAGAGGGUGUCACCAGACCAUGUGGAGUCUCACAGACCGUCUGCGAGCCUUGCCUCGACAGUGAAACUUUCUCAGAAUACCUCAGUCACACAGACAAAUGUCAGGCGUGCACACAAUGCACGGGUCUGCUCCGCAUGCAGACACCAUGCACAGACUCCAACGACGCCACCUGUGUGUGCAACUAUGGCUACUACCUGAAUGACCUCUCUCAGCGGUGUGAGCCCUGCACCAAGUGUCCGGAGGGCCAGGGCAUGCUGCUCAGCUGCGAGCAGGACCACGACACCAUAUGUGAGAUGUGCAUUGGGGACACGUACUCGGACCAGGAGAGCUCCCGAGACCCCUGCAUCCCCUGCACCACCUGUGAUGAUGAGGAGGUGUUGGAGGCCUGCACAUCUUUCACGGAUACAGUUUGUCAAGUUCAAUACAGUGAAGUGUCCCCCACCCCCUUUUUGGGUUCCUCCAUGCCCACCUAUGACAACUACGGGCUGGAUGACCCUCCACCAGAGGGCUCGACGGACAGGACCACCACAACCACGAAUGGCGAUACCCAGAAGCUUCUCUACCAGGGUCUGAACGACAAACUUAUCCCCAUCUACUGCUCCAUCCUGGCAGCUGUUGUGGUCGGACUUGUGGCCUUCAUCAUAUUUAAGAGGUGGAACAGCUGCAAACAGAACAAGCAGGGAGCCAACAACUGCACAGCCAACCAGAACCAGACGCCAUCACCCGAGGGCGAGAAGCUGCACAGCGACAGCGGCAUUUCUGUGGACACCCAAAGUCUGCAGGAGCAGCAGGGCCAGACUCAGGCACAGACAGUCGUCACCAUGGACGAGGAGCCUUGUUUGCUCCUUCCUCUUCACACCAGAGAGAAAGUGGAGAAGCUGCUGUUCAGGGGCACUGAAGGGGACAACUGCGACCACAUGGAAGACAGCGACUGGUGCAACCUGGCGGGCCUCCUGGGAUACGAGGAGGAGCGGAUUGCGACCUUCCGGCAGGAAGAGCAUCCCGUCCGCGCGCUCCUGUCUGACUGGGCGAGCAAGGACUGCGCCAGCAUCGACUCGCUGUGCACUGCACUGCGGAAGAUCAACCGUGACGACAUCGCCCAGAGUCUGCUGCUCAGCCCGAGCGCUCCGAAACCGACCGCCACUUCAGUGGUGUGAUUUACAGCGAGCAAACCACCUGGACCGUAACUGUAAUAUUCCUCCUUCCUCAAUCCAGAUAUUUCAAGCUACAACCACUUUCAGCUCCUCCCCCAUUAAGAUGCUGUGAUUGCACGUGUCAUGUGUAGUGCAGUGUUAGGAUGUCACAAAUCAGACAAAUAAAUAUCAGUAUACUGAGUCAAAUGAAUGAAAAAGACACAAAACUCUUCUCUUAACUAUCAGGAUGUGCCUGUAUUCAGUCCUUGUCACGUUUUUAAAAUCCACACAAUGCAAAACCAGUGUGAAGGCGAAUCAUUAGUAAUCAUUCCAUUGUGAGCCAGGAACAGACACCUGCCUUUCUUCUCUAUUUGACAACUCUCGUCAGUUUCAUUCGACUUUAGCCACGGAGCAGAACUCAGUUUAGAAUGUACGUUAAUGUGGAUAAUCUGGUUCAUCCAUAAUCUUCACUCUCAAACAAGAAUUAUCCGCUCGGCCUUUAAUUAUAGCUUUCAUACGCCAGUGUUGUACCUCUAAAUGCUACCUUUCAAAUCUACGCCACCAAAGAGGAGUAAACAUCUCCAGACGGUACCUGACAAGCAACAUUACUGACAUGCCAUGUAAGGCUUUUUGAAUUUAAGUUGACAAGUGGCUUGUGUCUGCAACUGGGACCGGAUGAGGCCUGCAUACCGCGGAGGAUCUGGAUCUUAUGACAAUCUGAGGAAAGAUGCUUGGACGCUUUUCAAAUGAGCCUGUUGUUUUUCAACGAAAGCCGAGCUCUGCUACAUACUCUAUCUUUGAAAAUUCUUGUGUUAGAUUUAAGACAUGGAGGUGCAGCACAUGUGGGAUUCAUCUCAACUUUGGCUUAAGUGAUUUCUGCAGACUGUUAUAUAAGAGCUGCCGGCUGGACUCUGCCAACCCGGCGGUCUGUUGGGAGGCAACACAUGGGCCUAACCCAACAUCAGCUAUGUAAACUGUUUGUAAAUAAGAGGGCAAGUGCACACACCAAAUAGAUUCUGUGUAUACAUACAAGUACACACAUAGACCCACAAUAUGUAGCCACGCAUGCAUGUACUAUACAAACACACAGACCGUGUAUUUCCAUUCUUAUCUAAUCUAGACGACACAGAAAACUCCACAUCCUGCCAUAUACUGCAUCAAGGGGACCAUACACUGUUUAAUCUCACUACUAAUAGAAAAUAUAAGGUAACUCCGUGUCUUACAAAUAUGAUUAAAAACCAUAACAUUUUAAAUGUGCGCUACAGAUGGUGAAAUGCUACGCUAACAGUAAACAGCAUGCAGAAACUAUAGCAACUAGUGCACAAACUUAAAGACAAAACAAUCGCACAGGGAUACGGUGACAAAGAGACAAAAUCCAGGGUUUUCUAGCCUUUUCACUUCAUUUCUCAGGGUUAUCUCGAACGAUUGUGUUCCAUCAAUGUUACCCUUAAUAUUUUGCCUUCUGUAGCGAACUGAACGAUGUUAUUAUUGUUCAAGAGAAGACAGCGAUUAUCCAAAGCAGUGAUCCUUGCGACUGACAAUCCUUCAAACAGGUGAAAGAGGAAAGAAAAGAAAAGGAAGGGCGUCUUGUUUCCUCAUUGUUUGCAUCAAUGGCCUCUGGAUAAAAGACAUAAGUCACAGGAUGUGGUGUGAAUUCACAGUGAGGGAAACGUGCAGAAGACUUGAACACAGGAAUCUGCAUUUGCAUUAUUCAGCCUGUUUAUGCUCUCGUCUUGGAAUAUGUGAUUUUUACUUUGUGUUGUGUUGCGCUCAUUUAGCUUGAAUUUGUCAAAGCACACUUCAACAAUGUCAUUAUUGUGCUGCCAAACCCUCGGACCUACUUUUCCUACUUUUGUUCACUCUCUGUUUUGGGGAACACGUGAAGGAGUGAAUAUUAAUUCAAUAUACGACCGCGCUAAACUUACAUACAGUAUAUAUCUCAGACUUCAUCUGUUACUCAUAGGUACAACUUGUCACUAACCACUCACAUACCAAGCGUCAUGUCAUAGUGUUACUUUAAAUGAAGGUAUUCUCACUCUACUCUCUAAAGGUUGUUGUAUUUUAAUUCUCAGAUUAAACAUGUAAAUGGUAUUAUGUUUCUCUUAUAUUGUUCUAGAUUGUAGCACUUAAAUGUGUCAUUAUGUCUGUUUUGCAUCACAAGUGCCUGGGAAGUAUUUCAGGUCUCCGCUGAUGUACAUUUUUGUUUUUGAAGUGUUUUUGUAUGUGUACUUUCUUUAUUUGUUUUUUAAACUUGUAAAUAACGUGUAAUUUUCAAGUUUUUAUUUCAUUUAAAGCCUGGAGGGCGCCACUGUACAAAAUGUGAAUGGGACUUUGUUACGAUAUCAGCGCCGUCCUGGUUUAAAAAGACGGGCAAAGGGAAGGGAGGCUCCAGUGUGAGGCAUUUAGUGCAAUUAGCCAAUUAUCUACCAUGAGGUGUAUUAAGGUCCUGUGCAAUGAGGACUGGUAAUGAAUAUUAAAAUACCUUUAAGUACAAUCAGAAAUGGAAAUGCUCUAAUCUCUUGUUUUGUAAAACUCACUUUUCUGUCUGAGAGCUUUAGGAGACGAUCGACUCCUCUGAAUCUUAGCUUGGCGUAAAGAUGGUAAAAAGCUAAAUGUACCAAGCAGCACCUCUAUAGGCUCAGUGUUUGAUAAGAAAACCGACGGAGCCUUUAUUUCAUCCAUAUUUGUGCACGUUUUCUGAGAGCUGACGGAAACAUGACGCAAUGGAGCAGUACCACAGGAAUCGUGGGGGGGCAGUAUCACCAGUAGUUCAAGUGAGCCGACUAGGACUCAGGGAAGAAUUAUCAACACUGGUAGAGAAUUUCUCCCCAGCAAGAUUGUUUCUAAUCUGUGAGGUACCUGAUCUAAUAUUGUGAUUUAAUCAAAAUGUUACACUUAAUUGAAUUAUUCCCUGGUAAAUGAAUAUUUCCAUAAUUAUUGGCCUUCGUAGACAGCAGGAGAGAAACAAUCCAGUCAAGCUAAGAAAAUGAUCCUUAUCACCUCAAAAACCGGGAAAGAAGAUAGAAACUUUUUCUUGAGCGAUGUUUGUUUACUUUUAUAGAUAACAUUUUUUAAUUUAAUAACAAUGACCCGAAAUGUAAUUUCCUGUAGAAUAACCCGAGCUGAAGGUGAACAUGUCACAACAUUGCACUUGACAGUAACAAAGUCAUCCUGCAGAUGGUGGUGGGAGGUUGAAAUAAAACACUGUGUUUGGAUGAUUCUUUUUUUUUUUUAAUCCCUGGUAAUGUAGCUCACAGUGACAAAGACUGACACCAGGACUGAAUUGUACAGAUGUGAGAAAUACUGAAUGUUCCUUGUGUACUAAUGACAUAUACUGUACUAUACUUAAUGUGAAUUUGCAAAAUUCCUACAGCAGACUAGCAGUAAAACCACUAAUAAAGCUCUUAAAUCCA